AUCCUGAACCUCUUUCGCUUCCCACACUCCCUUUGAGGACUGUGUUGUCCUUUGCUUCCUCCCCCCUCCUGGCGUGCACCCCCUCCCUCCUGAUAGCCUCGCUCUCCCACAUCACCCUCCUCCUCGUAGAUACGUCCCAUCACAUUCUUGUCUCUUCAGGGAAGUGCAGCCAUGGCGGGAGGUUCGAUGACAGCCGCCAUCGGGAGCCUCGAGGUGGCAUCAAUAAGGACAGCGCCUCCUUGUUCUUCUCACCCCACCAUUAUCUGCACCAGAAGGCAGCGGUUCUGGCUCAGGAGGCCUCCAUACACUUCCUGGAGAAGAUGUGGCGAGAAAUAGGAAACAAGCAGUUCAUGAGGUUGCUAGAUAUCAGUCCAACCACAGGCCUCAGCUUCGUUGUGGAUACCACUGGAAGUAUGGGAGAAGAGAUCAGUGCUGCUAAGUUUCAGGCACGGGAGAUCAUUGAACAGCGCCAUGGCACCCCUCAACAACCAGAUUUUUACCUCUUGGUGCCUUUCCAUGAUCCCGGUUUUGGCCCUGUCAGUAAGACCAGCGACCCUGAAGAAUUCUGGAAAGUCUUAAACACCAUCAGCCCUCUGGGUGGUGGAGAUGAGCCUGAAAUGUGUCUUUCUGCACUGGAGCUUGCUCUCCAGAACUCACCACCCUAUUCUGAGAUCUUUGUCUUUACUGAUGCAUCUGCUAAAGAUGCUCAUUUGAAGAACAGUGUGGAAUCCCUUAUUCAGGAAAAGAAGUGCAAGGUCAGCUGGGCCUCUUACAUUUAUCAAACCGUUUUCUUUUUGGUCUGUUUCUUUCCAGCUGCGUAGUAUGCCAGUGCAAAAUAUGCCAGCCUCUUCCUCCCAGCAUCCCAGAAAGUUUUGUACUGGGGUGCUGUGGUUAAGGAGCCAGACUCAUGGGUGUCUUGGAGAGAGUAAUGACACUGUGUGAUUGCAUCAAGACACAAAUGUUGCAACUUCCAUACUUGCAUCAGCCAUUGGGACACACGUGUGUAAGGGCAGCAGUUGGGUGAUGAUAUCAUUGUGGGCAUGUUAGCAUAUUGGACUCAUCGCAGUUAGGUUUGCUGCAAAUGCUGCUGGUUGGAUUCCGGACUGAGGAGAACAGAAUUCACGUCCAUCCUCAGUUAUGGAAGCUCAUUGGGUGACUUGGACCCAGGAGUAUCUUUCAGCCCAAUCUAACUGACCGAGUGGUGAUCUUGGGAAACCAGUUGGAG